AUAGCCGGGCCAAAUGGGACGCCAGGUGCACCUGGCUCAAUAGGAGUUGAUGGAUCUCCAGGUCCUCCAGGGGCCAGCGGAGGUUUUGGUGGCGUUGGUCCAGCGGGACAACCAGGAGUAUCUGGUACAAUUGGAUCCAAUGGUCAAAAUGGUCAAAAUGGUGCUCCUGGAGUACGAGGUCCAAGCGGGAUAUUUGGUGUAAGUGGAGCAAUUGGAAUACCUGGAAGCCCGGGUAUCUUGGGCGUGUCUGGCAAGGACGGGGAAGUUGGUAUUACGGGCAUAGCUGGUGCGUCGGGGACGCCAGGUGUGAAUGGAUCGCCAGGUCCACCUGGCCCCCCUGGGUCAAUGGGGCCGCCAGGAAGCAAUGGAAAAGAUGGGCAAAAUGGCGCUAAUGGAAAAGACGGGCCCAUGGGAGAUCAAGGCCCACCAGGAGACUUUGGUUCAAAUGGUCCUACAGGAUCAAUGGGCGUUGCUGGGAUCAACGGAGUUGCAGGUGUCAGUGGCUCUGAAGGCCUCCCUGGAGUUGCUGGUGCAUCUGGACAACCAGGCAUUGCUGGAGUAAAUGGAUUGCCUGGUGCUACUGGCCCAGCGGGGUCCCCAGGAGCCCCUGGACCUCAAGGAGCCAUCGGACCUAAUGGAUUGAAUGGGAAAGAUGGUUCAGAUGGGCCUCCCGGAGUGGUAGGAUCACAAGGGGGUGUUGGGGCCAUUGGAGCGUCAGGACCUGUUGGACCCUUUGGAAACCCUGGGCCGGAUGGGGCCAGUGGUCCAUUUGGCAUGCCUGGGAUUCCCGGUGUUCCAGCUCCUGGAUCCCCCGGUUCUGGAGGUGACGGAGGCGGAGGUUCGACCAUAACUGGAAAUUGUAACGGAAUGAACAAUUGCAAUACUGAGAUUAUCCCCACCACUACUACUACAACUCCACCCGAUUGUGACGGCCCUGAAGUCACAAAAUUUGCUAACACACCAACGGAAACAGACACAACCACUUUGUAUUUGUCUGACGAAGAAGUAUCUUUUGAUGACGCCAAAGCUCAAUGUGAUGGUGCUGGCGACGGGUUCUUUCUAGCCACAUUGACCGAUCAAGAGGAAGCAGAUAGUGUUUUUGGCGUCACCGGAAUGAUGCAAGUGUGGGUGGGACUAAGGUCUGAUAUUAUGGUUAACUGUGACAACGAAGAAUGUAAUGGUCAAGUCACAUGGGAAGGUGGUAAAGGCGACUACACGCACAGCGAUUUGGGAUACAAUAUUCAAUUUAACAGCGGUGGUCCUUCUUGCAUUCGAACAAGGACGGGAAGACUGACUGAUGACCCAUGUUCAGCCACGCGCAAAUUUCUGUGUCAAAGGGAUAAACCGGAUGGUUGUCCUCUCAUGUAGAGAGCUAGCUCCCUUUGUUAUUGGUUGUGUUAAGAAUUUUUGGCAUUCAAUUGCUAAGGCAUCAACCACAUCUUCCCAAUUUCACGUGUCUAUUUAAAUGUCCAAUUAAAAAAGAAAACUACAAUAUUGUUCACUAAGGUAUUAAUCAUGCAUCACGAGGGUGCGAAAAAAAGCAUUUAAUUCUGGGAUUGGGAUGAAUAUCAAGUUGUUCGAGACAUGGAGUUUCGACUUAGCUUAAUAUGCAGGCCUCGUGUGCCCCCUACUCCUCCAUAGAGGAGCCAAAAAACCAGAGGAGGUUUUGAGACAUAUAUUGAGAUUUUAUGCCAGUCGCAAUACACAAUACAAGAGCUAAAAACUAAGGCCGAGUUCAAUCUAUU